AUGGCAGCAUGCGGAAUUUGCGAGCAGGCGUUGGUCAUUGAACUUGAUCCCGAUUCUUUUGACGAAUCCGCCGCAAGCUCCUCAGUUGGCUCUGCGGUGACUGCACCUGACGAUCUCUUGCUCCUGUGUGGGUGCCACUUUCACUGGCAGUGCUUGCUGGACGAAUCUACCCAAAUCGCUCUCUCUCUCACGUGCCCAGCUUGUGAUAACUCCAUCGUUUCCACGUCCCCUGGUCCACAGCCACAUAUCCUAGCACGUUAUCACAACGAAGGAGGAAUUCAGGAAAACCUCGAUGUCCUUCCUCUCAUUACUGAGGAGGCUUACCUAGAGACAAACCCAGCUGCUCGGCCUGCUCGAGCCUUUAUGACAAUGUGUGCCGAAGGAGAUGUGUCAGGGAUCGCUGAGCUGUUGAAGGACGUAGAGGAGCAGGAAGACGAGGAAGGCAUGUCGGCCGGAGAGAUACUCCGGUGGCAGGACCCUCUUGAUGGGAUGAAAACAGGUUUACAUAUAGCUCUUUUGAGAGCACAGCAGGAAGUUGUUUGGCUUCUGUUGUGGCUCGCUUCGGAUUUGACCACCCAGGCCUUCCCAGAAGAAGCUUCUCACACUGCACAAGUCAUAGGUGCUGACAGAGGCACGACUCGCGGAGUCGAUAUUCGCAGCCUUGUUGAUGAGCAAGGACGAACUGCAGAGGAUGUAGCUCGGAGUGCCGGAAACACAUGGACACAGCUGCUGGGAGGAGGGGUGCUUAGGGUCAGAGCUUAG